AUGGAAACAAAAAGACUAAUUGGUAAGCCCCUCCAGCCAGCAAGACCUGUGCGCCACCUGUCUCCCCAUGCGUCCUUUCCCACAGUAUCAGCAACCACUUUCAGCUUUCAGGCUAAGUUUCCAUGCAGCACUCCUGUAUGUUUGCAUAAUGAAAUUAGUUCGAUGUGUAAAACUAAUGGAAUGCUGACCUUAAAUGAAACUCUGGUUCCUAAUCUAUCAGAGCAACAUAAACCUGAAGUCAGAAAAGAAAGAAUAACAUAUAGUAGAGAUUUCCUUUUGAAGCUUUCAAGGGUUUCUCUUGCCAAAAAGAAACCAGAAUUUCUUCCUGAUCAUCCUGUUGUACUUGAAAAACCAAAAAACUACAAUUUACUACCCGCUGCAAGCAAUGAUAGGUCUUUCUGAAGGAAUGUGUCUUUUUUUUCACCACUACAAAUUAAGGAAAAGUGA